AUGGCAGCUGGGAGAGAAACAUGCCUCUUGAUUUUACUUCUGAUUGCUGCAUGGAUUUCCUUUGCACAAGCCAGCCAAGGUAUAAGUGGGAUUCCAGAUUCAAACCAUAAGAUUUCAACUGGAAAGGUGAUCGUUAAGGGGCUCCUCCUGGAUGGUGAAAGAGCUGUAACUGCUGCUACAAGCAAGAAUUGGCUAGGAGGAAGAAAAAUGGUGGUGGUGAGGCAAAUGAAGAAGCCAAAGGAUGUGAAAAUGAGUGGUGCUCAAACUGUCAGCCAUUUCUCUAAUGGAGUUGAUGAGUCUGGUUUUGUGGCUUUCAAUGCUGAUUAUCAUGCGCCAAGGCACCACCCACCUAAGAAUAACUGAUUAUGGCAAGGAGUUGUCGAUGAAGAAUGUUAUAGUAAGAAGA